AUGCCUCGUACCAGAAGUUCUGAGCAUGCGACGAAAGAUGAGGCCAGCACAGAACGCCCCGAAGAGCAAACAGAAACUCAAGACUCAUCCGAACAAAAUGUGAACGAGAAAGAGAGCGAUGCAGCUUCAAAGGCGAGCGAAAGGCAGGCAAGGUUUAAAGCCCUGCAAGCCAGAGCAAAAUCCGGCGCCGAGCGCAACCUGAAAGAGACUGCAGCCGAAACCCAGCGUCUGGCUACGGACCCGGCACUCCUGAAUACUCUGUCGCGCAAACAUGCAUUUGCGUCGCACAACCUCCUCAAAGCGGAUACGGAAGCUGCUGGUGAAGAUUUUGAGCGCAAACGCGCAUGGGACUGGACCGUGGACGAGUCCGAGAAAUGGGACAGGCGCUUGGAAAAGAAGCAACGUCACCGGGACGAUGUGGCAUUCCAGGACUACACUCAGGAUGCCCGGAAGGUGUACAAGAGACAGAUGAGAGAGCUGCAGCCAAAUUUGGAAGGAUACGAGAAAGAAAAGAUGGCUGCAAUCGAAAGGGCUGCGGCCAAUGGUGACCUGGAGAUCGUGGAGACCAACGACGGAGAGAUGAUCGCGGUCGACAAAAACGGCAGCUUCUAUUCCACUGCAGAUACGGUCGGCUUCACGGACAACAAACCAGACCGGGCGGCGGUGGACAGACUGGUGGGCGAUCUCCAGAAGGCCGAGGAGGUGCGCCUCAAGAAGCGCAAGGAGCGCCGCGGCGACGAAGAGGCGGACGUGACAUACAUCAACGAGAAGAACAAGCAGUUCAACCAGAAACUGUCUCGGUUCUACAACAAGUACACGACCGAGAUCCGGGACAGUUUCGAACGUGGAACCAUGAUUUAA